AUGACGCUCGGGUACUCCACGUCCCAUGCCAGCUUCCGCUCGAAGCACUCGCGAAACUUCUCAUUCGACCCAGGCGGGAACGUCGAGUACGGCACCUCGAUUUCCCCCUCCUCCACGCGUCUCCUCCAAUCCCCCCGUCCUGCCGGAUUCCCCUGUUCCUGCUGUGCGGGUACAGUCCUCCCCCAGUUCCGCCGUCCUCCUGCCGCAUUCGCCCCGCCUUGCCAUCCUAAGUUCCCCCGAUCCGCCUCUGCUCCCGCCCUGGCGCGAUCUUGCCACCCCCAUUUCCCCGGGUCUCCCCGUCCGGCUGAUUCAGCCCGCUCGUUCCGCGGAGUGUUCCCCCUGUCCCCUGGUUCUUCCCUCCCCGCACCCCCGCCUCUGUUUCCCCGUUCUCCUGUCCCUGGGCCCCAACGCCUGUGGUCCGGUUCUCCUGACUGGACGUAUGAUCGCCCCACUCGCAUUCUCGACGGCGCGUUUUCGGCGGACUGGGACGGGUGGGUGGGGUGGGGCAUAGGCGUGCGCAUGGUGGGGGCGAGCGCGCUCGUGGCGUUCCGCGCAAGCGAGACGGAGUAUUACUUCUCGCAGUACUACCUGGCGGAUUACAACGCGAGCCUCAUCAAACAGGAUACAGGGACCUUGGAUUUGGUUCCCAACAGCGUCAAGGUGCACAUCCAAGGAGCCACGGUGCGAGUGAUGUUUGCAGUGGUGCUACCGGAGGGGCAGACGCCAGGGCUGUACAUCAUCAUGGCCAAGGGGCAGGGCGGCAACGGUGACACGGGGGCUCUGGAGCCCCACAGCCCCUUCAACACCGCCCGCACCUACCUGCGUUUGGCAGCCCCUUCAACACCGCCCGCACCUACCUGCGCCUUGCAGGUGAGAGCUGAGGGUCAGGGGUUCGGGUGUGGGGAUCAGGGAUGUGAUGGCCAGGGCGGCAACGGUGACACGGGGGCUCUGGAGCCCCACAGCCCCUUCAACACCGCCCGCACCUACCUGCGCCUGGCUGGUGAGAGCUCAGAGCAGGGUCCCAGAGAUGUUCGCAGUGGUGGUAUCACAGGGGCAGACACCAGGGCUGUAUGUGAUUUGAUCAUGGGCAAGGGCGAAGGGGGUGAUGCUGCCACAGGGGUCGGAGGGGGAGGUGGCUGUGGUAGCACCGGGGGUGCUCUUGGCUGUGGUGCAACCGGAGGGGCAGACGCCAGGGCCUGGCUGCAAGCAGCACACGGCUUGGUGAACCUCGUUGCCUGGGGCGGGGCCUCCUUCUCCCCAUCAGCAUGUUACUCGCCCGCCACCUCCCCUUACCCACUUCCCUGCCUUCUCACUCCUGCUUUCUCUCCCCCUUGCCCUGCCCUUGCCCCCUCUCAGGUGCCGGACCCCCCCAGUGGUUGCAAGCAGCGCAUGGCCUGGUCAACCUCCUCGCCUGGGCCCUGCUCCUCCCCAUCGGCAUGCUACUCGCCCGGCAGACUCAUCAAUUCCCUUUCCUUCAUUCCCGUAUCUUCCCCUACCUACAGGUGCCGGACCCCCCCAGUGGCUGCAAGCAGCACACGGCUCGGUCAACCUGCUCGCCUGGGGUCUCAUCCUCCCAUGCUCCUCGCCCGGCAGACUCAUCAAUUCCCUUUCCUUCAUUCCCGUAUUUUCCCCUACCUACAGGUGCCGGACCCCCCCAGUGGCUGCAAGCAGCACACGGCCUGUGGGCCUGGAACCCCCUCCUGGGUGAAGCUGCAUAGGAUGGUGCAGGCGGGGGGGUAUGCUUUGGGCGCGUUUGGGUUUUUUCUCGGGCUGCUGAUGUGGGGGGAUGCCCAUGAGGGGCAUGUGCGCCUGAGGGGCGUGGGGGGGGAGGAGGCGGGCGAGUUUGACCCGGGGGCUCACAGGCGAUACGGCAUCACCCUCUUCAUCCUCGCUUCUUUCCAGGUGGGUGUUCCCUUCCGCUUACCCUCAUCCCCUUAUCCUCCGUCGCUGUGGUAA